UGGCCUCAGCAGCUUCACCCGGCCGGUGCUCUCUAAACGGCACGGGACCCCGCUCACACGGUACCCGGGUGGACGAGAAGCGGCCCAGCGGGUCGGUCGGCCUCCCACUACACCUCUGCAGCACCUGGCCCCGCGGGACACACGUCCGAGUCCGUCAUGGCUCUGAAGAUUGUCAAAGGGAGCAUCGAUCGGAUGUUCGAUAAGAACCUCCAGGAUUUAGUACGUGGCAUUCGGAACCACAAGGAUGACGAGGCCAAGUACAUCUCUACGUGCAUCGAUGAGAUCAAACAGGAGCUCAAGCAAGACAACAUCGCCGUCAAAGCCAACGCUGUGUGCAAGCUCACCUAUCUUCAGAUGCUGGGUUACGAUGUCAGCUGGGCUGCUUUCAACAUAGUGGAAGUGAUGAGUUCUUCAAAAUUCACAUAUAAGAGAAUUGGGUAUUUAGCCGCCUCGCAGUGUUUCCAUGAAAGCACCGACGUCAUCAUGCUGACGACAAACCAGAUCAGAAAGGAUCUCAGCAGUCCCAACCAGUAUGACACAGGUGUGGCCCUCACAGGCCUCUCUUGUUUUGUAACUCCUGACCUGGCUCGAGACCUGGCCAAUGACAUUAUGACACUGAUGUCCCACACUAAACCAUAUAUCAGGAAGAAGGCCGUGCUGAUCAUGUAUAAGGUCUUCUUGAAGUAUCCAGAGUCUCUGCGUCCUGCUUUUCCCAGACUCAAGGAGAAGCUGGAGGAUCCAGACCCAGGGGUCCAGUCAGCUGCUGUUAAUGUCAUCUGUGAGCUGGCCCGUAGAAAUCCCAAGAACUACCUUUCACUGGCCCCUCUUUUCUUCAAACUCAUGACGUCUUCUACUAAUAACUGGGUUCUCAUUAAGAUCAUCAAGCUGUUUGGCGCGCUCACUCCGCUGGAGCCUCGGCUGGGGAAGAAGCUCAUCGAACCUCUGACCAACCUGAUCCACAGUACCUCCGCCAUGUCUUUGCUGUAUGAAUGUGUUAACACCGUUAUUGCAGUGUUGAUUUCUUUGUCCUCCGGGAUGCCCAACCACAGUGCUAGUAUCCAGCUCUGUGUGCAGAAGCUGCGAAUCCUUAUCGAAGACUCGGACCAGAACUUGAAGUAUCUGGGUCUGCUGGCGAUGUCAAAGAUCCUGAAGACCCACCCCAAAUCGGUCCAGUCCCAUAAGGACCUCAUCCUCCAGUGUCUGGAUGACAAAGACGAGUCCAUUCGCCUCAGAGCUCUGGACCUGCUUUACGGCAUGGUGUCCAAGAAGAACCUGAUGGAAAUUGUAAAGAAGCUGAUGCUGCAUGUGGACAAAGCAGAGGGAACCACCUACAGAGACGAGCUUCUCACAAAGAUCAUCGACAUCUGCAGCCAGAGCAACUAUCAGUACAUCACCAACUUUGAAUGGUACAUCAGCAUCCUGGUGGAGCUGACCAGACUGGAGGGCACGCGCCACGGCCAUCUCAUCGCCUCUCAGAUGCUGGACGUGGCCAUUCGGGUCAAAGCCAUCCGGGCCUUUGCUGUUGCCCAGAUGGCGACUCUGCUGGACAACGCUCACCUGCUGACGGGAAACACGCAGCGAAACGGCAUCUGUGAGGUUCUGUAUGCGGCAGCCUGGAUCUGUGGCGAGUUCUCUGAGCAUCUGGAGAACCCAGUGCAGACGCUGGAGGCCAUGCUCCGGCCCAAGGUGGCCACCCUUCCGGGUCACAUCCAGGCUGUGUACGUGCAGAACACGGCCAAGCUCUUUGCCACCAUCCUGAAGAGCCAGGAGGGGAACAGCGACAGCACCACGUCCGAGGAAACCACCCAGCUGCUGAUCGACCGCUUGCCUGUGUUUGUCCAGAGCGCAAACCUUGAAGUGCAGGAGAGGGCAUCUUGCAUACUGCAGCUCGUCAAAUACAUCCAGAAACUGCAGCAGAAGGAUGUAGAGGUAGCAGAAGAAGUCAGUGCACUGUUUGCUGGAGAGCUCAACCCUGUAGCGCCCAAGGCACAGAAGAAAGUACCUGUCCCUGAAGGCCUGGACCUGGACGCCUGGAUCAACGAGCCGCCGUCUGAAAGCGAGUCUGAGGAUGAGCAGCCCAAGGCCAUUUUCACGAAGGAGGAGCCGAAGCACGCUCGGCCCCGGCACACAGAGGUGGAUGAGAAGGAGCUGGCAAAGCGGAGAGAAGCCAGAAAGCAGGAGCAGGCCAACAACCCGUUCUACAUCAAAGCCUCUCCGUCCUCCCAGAAGGUGUAUCAGGACGCCUCUGGAGUGGAGCACAUCCCAGUCGUACAGAUUGACCUCAGCGUGCCUCUCAAAGUCCCAGGUCUGCCCAUGUCUGACCAGUACGUGAAGCUGGAGGAGGAGCGUCGGCAGAAAGAGAGGGCAGAAAAGAAGAAGAAAGAGAAGAAGAAGAGGAAAGAGAAGCGCAGCGGUCGAGGAAAGAAACACGACUCUGGUCCAGAGAGCGAGGAGGACAUCACACCUGCGCACAUGGUGGACAUCGUUACAGAGGAGAUGCCAGAGAAUGCCUUACCCAGUGAUGAGGAUGACAAAGACCCCAAUGACCCCCACAAAGCCCUGGACAUCGACCUGGACAAGCCGCUUGCAGACAGCGAGAAACUGCCAGUGAGGGCGCACCGGGCAGCAGAGGCCCUCAAGAGCCCAGUGGAGGAUGCAGAGGCGGACAAUGCUGGCCCGCAGGAAUCCAGAAAGAAGAGCGGCAAGGAGAAGAAGAAGGAUAAGGACCGGGACAGGAAGAAGAGCAAAGAAGAGAAAAAGAAGAGAAAACACAAACAUGAAGGAAAGGAGGAGGACCUCCUGGGAGGAGACGCCAAUGAGCCUGUGGCGCAGUCAGAAGAACCGAGUGAAGCGGCAGAACCGCCUGCUUCUGCCACUGCUGAGGUUUCGGAUCUGGAUUUCUGGCUCUCAAACGCUCCAGUCUCCUCUAGAACCCAGGAAGCAACAACCGUGGCGGCAGCGGCCGCAGCGGCCCCUACCACACCCACAGCACCCUCCAUCACGGCGCCAGUGUCAGAGCCAGAUGAGCCCCAAGAUGCAGAGAUGGAGGAAACGAAGUCCUCCAAGCACAAGAAGAAGAAGCAGAAAAAGGAGAAGGAGGAGAAAAAAAAGAAAAAGAAGCAUCACCACCAUCACCACCGCCACAGCGAUGGAGGUGUGGAGGAGUCUGUGCAGAACGGUACUGUUGAGGAGGACGAGCCUCUCCCGCCCAUGUCCAAUUACUGCCUGCUGGCGGAGAACGCCUACAUCAAGAUGGUGUGUGACAUCCAGGGCAACCUGCAGGAUGGCAGUCAGGUGGUGGUGUCCGUUAUAUUCGAGAACAAAUGUAGCAGCUUCCUGAAAUCUAUGGAGUUCAAUGUCCUGGACUCUCUGAACUCAAAGCUGCAGCGGCCGGAGGGCUCAGGUCCUCACGACGGCCUCACCGUGCCCUUCCAGCUGCCCCCCGGAGUGUCCAAUGAGGCCCGGUUUGUCUUCACGGUGCAGAGCAUAGUGAUGCCACAGAAGCUGAAGGGGACUCUCACUUUCAUUGUGAAGAAUGAAGACUCUUCUACUCAUGAGAAACUGGACUUCAAACUGCACUUUACCUGCACCUCCUACCUAAUCACUACUCCUUGUUACAGUGAUGCUUUUGCAAAGCUGCUGGAGUCGGGGGACCUGAAGAGCAGCUCCAUCCGACUGGAGGGAAUCAACAUGCCCUUCCAUCAUCUACUGGCCAGGAUCUGCUUCCACCACCACUUUUCUGUUGUGGAGAGGAUCGACUCCUGCGCCUCCAUGUACAGCAGGUCUAUCCAGGGUCACCAUGUCUGUCUGCUGGUCAAAACUUCUGGUCAGACGGUCUCCAUCGACGCAAAAUGCGAUGAGCCGACGCUGCUUGGGAAUGUGCUGGACGAGAUCAAGCAAACCUUCUCUCUGUGCUGAUUGUGUCUGCCGGCCCCACAGCGCCCCCGACUCCGCCAACGCCACCCUUUCUCUCCCUGCAACACAAUCCAAAAAAACACUGCUGCUGGCGCGUCCAGCAUCAUCCUAUUUAUUUCCAGUCCUGAGAUUUCCAAUACUGCUGUCCUCUUUGUGUUGUUCCUCCUCUGAACUCCCUUCUGGCCUCACUGUCGUCCGGCCUUUUUUAUUUUUUUUUAUUUUCCGCAUUUCCCGCAUCACCGUAACCCCCUUUACUCUAUCGGCUUUUUCUUUUUUUUUACUCUGUUUCUCUCAUGUAGUUUAAUUUUACGUUGUGAACUGGACUUUUGCUGUUGAUGGUUGAAUCGUAUUGUUUUACGUUUUCAUGUUUUGGUUUCUUGUCUGAAGCCUGCCUGCGCCUUCAUCUCUGUACCUUGUUUUGUUCUGAUUACUAAAGGAUCAGUGCUGCUUGUGGAAAAUAAACGAUGGUAGUCGCUCUGUUUUAGACCGGAUUGGAGCUGAAUUAAAAACAAAAACCUGUUUGCCCCAAAGUGCUCACCUAUUUACUGGCCUGAUGCCUGGAGAAGAUCAGACUCUGGGCAUUUGCAUUGACUGAAGAGGAUGAACGGAUGCAGUUUGAUGGUUUUUAGCGGGCUGUUGCUCUGCUCUCCUUUUGGCAGCGUUCAGGGCAGAGUCCUUGUUGGUUCGGGGGUUUUGAUCUGUGCCUUAGUCCGUUGAGUCUGACCUGCUCCAGCAUGAUUGAUGUAAUGUAGAGCUUGACUUCUCUCCUGAACAUAUCUGCUUCCUGAUCUAAUCAUGUGGACCUUUCAAGACUUGAAACGCAUCAUUCCUUCCAUCAAUAAAGGACAGGAAUGUUCCACCAAAAAACAACUAUUCUUCAGCCCAUUUGUGUUGCCGAUAUUAGUUAAAUGCUGUGGUGCAGGAGGUUGUCGUCCAGUUGUGACUUCUCAAAGAAAAAGGUCUGUUUGUGUCUAGUUGGACUAAACGAGCCUCCAACUGCUCCAUCUUUCAGUUAAUCUUUGAAUGAAAAAUCUCUGAAUUCUGCUUUGUUCUCCUUGAGUUACCAGAUUCCACCAAAACCCUUCUGAGUUAUUUUUUUUUCUUUUUAAUUUCCUUUCACUAGAAACACUGCAUCGUCUCUGGCAUCCAUGUCUCCUAGCAUGAACUUUUCCCCGAAGCAUCACGGCUCUUCUACUUUGUAAUGAAGUCUCUUCAUCUUUGUCCAUCUGCUCUUGUAGAUAACCGUGGUAACGACGUCUGUGACCAGAAGACUGGGUUAGACAUUCCAUUAGAGCUUCGGUCGGGUAGUGAGGUGCAAAAACGGAGGCAACCAGUUGUGUUUCAGGAACAUCCGUAGAUAAUACGUUGGAAAAAUCCCAGCAAGGACUGACCUGAUCGUGCAUUUUCCUUAUUGAUCAUUGUGUGCAUAUUUUUAGAUUAAAAUGUGUAUAUUGCAUGAUUAGGAAUGUACACUUUUUAUUUCCCUGUUUGUUCAUGUUUACACAAACAGAAACAAGUCAUUCCAUACUGUCCUUUUUUUCUUUACUUUUAUUAAAUUAAGUUUACUUGAUCUUUCUCUUUUUGAUCAUAUUGUGUUUUUAUCAAUUAUAAGUUCUGGCUAUUAAAGUUAUGUAAUUGAAUGUUUUACAUUACUGAGCACAGGGAAAAGAAAGGGCUUCUGUUUGGUGUCAUUACUCCCACGGGUGUGGGGCUAAAAAAGUGAUGUUGAAUAGAGGAGGUCACAUGAAGAAGCGUACUGAGAAACAUCCCAAAACUCUGAAGUUUCGUUGUAGUUGCGUAUUUCACAAAGUCGGGCUUGUAACAUUGAAUUAUACUCUUAAAAGGACAGAUAUGCAGUGGUCAUGUCUUUUUUUUCUCCAUGUUCAGCUACAAAGUUCACAAUGUACAAUGCCAUGAUUGAAAAGGGGACAGCAUAAAACACUCCUUUUAAAGAAAGUCCACUGAAAAUUGGAAAUAAAGACUGUAUGAAGCUGC